AUGGUAAUGCCAUUUGGCUUAACCAAUGCCCCAGCCUCUUUUCAAGCACUAAUGAAUGAUGUUUUUCAUCCUCAUUUGAGGAAAUUUAUUCUAGUAUUCUUCGAAGACAUAUUGGUGUACAGCCCUGACAUGGAAUCUCAUUUGGAGCAUUUGGAAAUUACUCUCAAGACUCUACAACAACAUACAUUAUAUGCCAAACUCAGCAAAUGUACCUUUGGACAAUCCAAAGUAGAGUAUCUUGGACAUAUCAUCACUGGUGAAGGAGUCAAAGUUGAUCCAGCAAAGGUUGAAUGCAUGCUCAAGUGGACAAUACCCACCACUUUGAAGGAACUCAUAGGGUUCCUUGGACUUACUGGAUACUAUAGAAAAUUUGUGCAAGGUUAUGGGAUUAUAUGCAAACCCUUGACAGAAUUACUCAAAAAGGAUAACUUCCAUUGGAAUGCUGAUGCUCAAGCUGCAUUUGAAGCUCUCAAGCAAGCUGUCACAACCACCCCAGUGUUGGCACUGCCUGAUUUCAACUUACCAUUUGAAGUAGAACUGAUGCUUGUGAUACAGGAGUAG